AUGGCGGCACCGUCAUAUCAUACGGCUGAGAAAGCAGACGCGAUGAGCUCCUCCCCCGAUUCCGGCUCCUUGGAUGAAAAUCCAUUCGGCCAGACGGUGCCGUACUCGGCGUCCAGCGGCGCACGUGCCAGUAUACCGCGAAGGGUCUGGGAUAGCUUCAAGCAAGAUCCAGGCCUGCGCAUCUCAUCACACGGCGUGCUCGGCGGUAAUGGGAAGGUCUAUGAUGUCGAGGCUGCAGCGCAGGCGACCGCAGACUCACCACUUGCUCGACAAUUGAAGUCGAGGCAUCUGCAAAUGAUUGCCAUCGGAGGCUCAAUUGGGACCGGUCUAUUCGUCGCUUCGGGGAAAUCACUGUCGACAGGUGGGCCUGCCUCAGUGCUCAUUGCCUACAGUCUCAUUGGUGGUAUGCUGUACUGCACCUGUCAAGCUCUGGGUGAGAUGGCUGUCCUCUUUCCCGUAGCUGGUUCCUUUUCUGCGUACUCGACACGCUUUCUAGAUCCUGCUUGGGGCUUUGCUAUGGGCUGGAAUUAUGCCAUUCAGUGGCUGGUCGCUCUGCCAUUGGAAGUUGUUUCUGCGUCCCUGACCGUUAAGUACUGGAACAGUGGGAUUUCCCCAGCUGCUUGGGUCUCGAUCUUCCUUCUUCUAAUCAUCAGCAUAAACCUUUUCGGUGUCAAGGGCUAUGGCGAAGCAGAGUUUGUCUUCUCCCUUGUCAAGAUCGUUGCUGUCGUGGGGUUCAUAAUCCUGGGCAUCAUACUGAACAUUGGAGGUGGAGAAGAGGGCCAGGAAUAUAUAGGUGGUCGAUAUUGGCACCACCCAGGAGCCUUCCACAACGGGUUCAAAGGUCUCUGCUCGGUCUUUGUCACAGCCGCUUUUGCUUUCGCUGGCACAGAGCUGGUUGGUCUCGCCGCAGCUGAGACAGCAAACCCUCGCAAAUCUCUACCCACGGCAGUUAAGCAGGUCUUCUGGCGUAUCACCCUGUUCUACAUCGUGUCUCUUACACUCGUUGGCCUCUUAGUGCCAUAUAACGACAAACGUCUCAUUGGCUCCAAUGCAGCAGAUGCCAAAGCCUCCCCAUUCGUCCUCGCCAUCAAAGACGCCGGCAUUUCAAUUCUGGACUCGGUCUUCAACGUUGUAAUCAUGAUUGCAGUCCUCAGUGUUGGCAACUCAGCCGUGUACGGAUCUUCUCGGACUCUCACAGCACUUGCCGAGCAAGGCCAAGCCCCUGAAUUCUUCUGCUACAUCGAUCGCAAAGGCCGACCCCUUCGAUCCAUCCUCUUCGCAUCUACGCUAGGUCUCCUCUCCUUCCUCGCCGCAUCAGACAAAGAAGACGAGGCUUUCAUCUGGAUGCAGGCUCUCUCCGGUCUGAGCUCUAUCUUCAGCUGGGGCUCCAUUUGCCUUGCUCACAUCCGUUUCCGGCGGGCCUGGCGCUUACAGAAUCACAAACUCGAAGACCUCGCAUUCACUUCUCAAGCUGGUGUUACUGGCUCCUGGCUCGGCUUCAUCUUCAACAUACUUGUAAUUAUUGCCGAAUUCUGGACCGGCUUCGCACCAGUACCAAAUCAAGAUGGCAGCCACAUUACUGGCACGAUAGCCAGGACCAAGAAUUGGUUCCAGGCUUGUCUAUGUAUACCUAUCGUGUUACUUUGCUACGUACCUUACAAAUUGUUUUUCAAGACCCCCUUUGUGAGAUGCAAGGAUAUGGAUCUGAAAGCUGGUGUAAGAGAUUUGAAUGUUGAUGAGCUGGUGCAUGAAGAGGCAAUUGAACACGCGCAAUGGCCGAAAUGGAAGAAGGCGUACAAAGUCCUUUGUUAA